AUGCAUUCCCUUCCCUCCUCGACCGAGACUCUCACGUUACAUCUCGCGAUAUUGAUCUGCGAAGUUCUCCCGCCGCCCGUCUCCUGCCUGCGCGGUCCCUUUGAUCAGAUCUUUCAAGAUUUCUUCGACCGCGGGGCGAAACGGUUGUCGGAGAACAACCAUAACGAACAGUGUCCCGGCGGCGCCAAGAAGCAGAUCCAGGUGAGAACGACGCCCUACAACGCCACGGCGGGGCAGUUGCCGGAGGCAGAGGCGUUGGAAGAGCUCGAUGGACUGGUCGUCACGGGCAGUUCGGCGGGGGCGUAUGAGGAUAUUGAAUGGGUUAAAAAACUAGGGGGCUUCUUGCAAGGUUAG